UGUUAGGGAACCAAAUGUAGUGGCAACAAUAAUUGAUUAUCGAGAUUUACGAAAAAUGUGCCUAGCCAUGAGUCCCGUCCAUACCCCAGCCAUCUUUGUCCCCCUGAAUUCACCCAAAACUAUCAUUAUUCAUCUGUAUCUUCUAUAAAUAGCAAUCUUAGUACAGUCGGUUUCCUCUAUCACCUUCAUUUCCUUCUCCUUUCGGCUAUUGUUCUUUUGUCUUUUAAAUCUCUCUUCUUCCCAAGUUGCUCCCCAGCUAGCUUGGCUACAGUAUAUAUAUCAACUUUUAUGAAGAUUGCCAAAAACAUUUCAUGUACCAUUUCCCAAGUAUAACUCAAAGUUUGUACGUUUUCGUCCAUUCCAAGUUUGUUUAUAAGUAAAUAUAUAUCUGUGUCUUCAUCAAGAAUCAGCAACCACUUCACGUUCUUUCUAUGAUGAAUACUAGCACCCAUUUUCCAGCAUCUGAUGGGCUUGAAUUCUGUCGUCGUUUCGGUUUGAGCAGUAAUUUUGGAAAUGAAUUUAGCAGUGUUCAUCAUGGUUCAUCACAGGAUGAGGUUGUUGUUGGGACUGGUAGUGAUCGAACGGUAGUACAAGGCGAUUACUUCGACGGAGUUUUCAAAUAUAUACAACAGAUGCUUAUGGAAGAAGAUGACUUGGAAAAUAGGCCUUGUAUGUUUCAAGAUUGCACUGCUCUUCAGGCUGCUGAAAAAUCCUUUUAUGAUGCCCUCAAUCCUCCUCCUCCCGCUAGGACAACUAACUAUCCGGUUCAUCGUGAUUUUAUCGAUAAUACUCAUUGGCAAGACAAUUACAGUGAUGCUGUGAGUCAAUUUGUUGAGUCCAACAUCAUUUCUGAUCUAGGUGGUGGUGAUCAGUGUUCCCUUCUUUAUUCUGGUUUAAACAAUAAUCAUCAAGCUGCUGCUGGUGCUGCCAAUAAUGGUGAUGUAAACUCACCAGAUGCAAACAAUUAUCAUCAGGUUUCUGCCCUUACUGCCAAUGGUGGAGAUGUAAACUCCCAAGAUGUAAACAACAAUCAAGGGGAUAAAUCAAGGUCAGAUGGAGGGAGAAAGAAGCACAAUAGAGAAGAAAAUGGUGACAUUUCAAAAGGGCGAAAUUCGAAGCAGUUUGCGAGUAAUGGAACAGAGGAAACAGAGGAGGAUAAAACAGAGGAGUACUACGAUAAGGCGCUUCUUUGUCCAGGGAUGAAUCCUUCUUUCUACGAGAAUCGAUCAAAAUCAUCAACAUCAUCGGAUAAUGCAGCAUGGGACAAACAAAAAAGCUGUCAUAUAAAGCAAUCUAAACGCGGAAGGCCACGUGGUAGCAAAAAAGGCGUAAAGACGAAUGAAGUGGUAGAUCUUACGAGUCUCCUAACGCGUUGCGCGGAGGCUGCAGCCAGUUACAACAGCAAGACAUUUAUGGAAGUUCUCAAGAAAAUUAGGCAGCACUCAUCGCCCUAUGGCGACGCUACUGCAAGAUUGGCCUAUUGCUUUGCUAAUGCCCUCGAAGCUCGUUUUGCUGGUGGAGACGCAACAUUGGUCACAACAAGUAUGAGAAUACCAGCGGCAGAUUUCUUAAAAGCUUAUCAGGUAUACAUCACAGCCUGUCCAUUCAAGAGGAUGUCAAACAUAUUUGCUAACAAGUCUAUUGCGAAAUUAACGGGUGAAUCACCAAGGAUUCACAUAAUAGAUUUCGGAAUUUUGUAUGGAUUUCAAUGGCCUUGUAUAAUACAUGGGAUUUCCCUUAGGCCAGGGGGACCUCCAAAGCUUAAGAUCACAGGAAUUGAUUUCCCUCAGCCAGGUUUUCGACCAGCUGAGAGAGUUGAGGAGACAGGACGCCGCUUGGAGAAUUUUAGCAAGAGAUUUGGUGUUCCUUUUGAGUAUAAAGCAAUAGCAAAAAAAUGGGAUGAUAUUAAACUAGAAGAUCUGGAAAUUGACAGAGAUGAAAUGUUGGUGGUCAAUUGUUUGUACAGGCUAAAGAAUGUCCCGGACGAAACAGUAGUAACUACUCGUGACAAUAGAAGUUUAAGAGAUGCUGUUCUAAACCUGAUCAGGGAAAUAAAUCCACAUUACUUCGUUCAUGGGAUCGUUAAUGCUAUGUACAAUGCCUCUUUCUUCACAACAAGAUUCCGCGAGGCUUUAUUCCAUUUCUCGUCCCAGUUUGACAUGUUUGAAGCCACAAUGCUACGAGAAGAUGAAGGUAGGAUGACAUUUGAGCAGGAAGUAUUCGGAAGAGAUAUAAUGAACGUUAUAGCUUGUGAAGGGACGGAGAGAGUUGAGAGGCCGGAAAGUUACAAGCAAUGGUCAAUGAGGAAUCAGAUAGCCGGGUUCAGACAACUUCCGUUGGAUCGAGACAUCGUAAAUGAAGUAAAGGCCAAGGUGAGAAUGUUUUAUCACAGUGAUUUUCUAGUAGAUGAAGAUAGCAACUGGAUGUUGCAAGGCUGGAAAGGAAGAAUCAUGUAUGCACUCUCAGUUUGGGAGCCUAUCAAUAAGUAAAUCUAUUAUUGCAAAGAGUUGUAUAUUUUGCUUUUAGCAUGAAAAAAAAAAAUCUCUGCGA